CGCUUUCAUUGACCAUCGUAGCAGAAUUUUCAAAUAUCGACUCGCCCGAACUUCCCUAAAGGUUACUCCAAUCAAACGUCACGUUCCUGCAUUGCGUCAUCUAAAGUCGACGCACCUGCCCCUCCGACUUGUAAACAACGCAGACUCCAUGUGGAUUUGGUUAGAUUGUAAUAGUACUAAACAGGUUUUGAGCGGACGGCGCAGGCCGGGGAUGAGCGGGGGGUCAGCGGAGGCCUCGGCAUGGCCGGCCGGACGCUGCAGGAGCUCGUGGCCGCCGCCGCGGCUCUGCACGCGGACAGGGCGGCGGUGACGUACGACAGCGGCUCGCCAUCCGAAGGGCCGUCCUCUCUAUCCUACAGAGAGUUAGCAGAACUGUCUGGGAAACUGUCCCGGGCUUUACUGAAGAGCUGCUGUCCCCUGGCCGUCGGCCUGUACGUCAGCGACGACCUGCUCGUUCCGGUUUGGAUUCUGGGGAUUCUGCAGUGUGCUGCUGCGUACGUCCCUCUGGACCCAGAGGCUCCUGGACGUCUGUCCGCCGGGGUCAUCAGCCAAUCUGGCCUCAAGUACUGCGCCGUGAAGACUGAGCUUCUGCAGAAAUUCCAGGCAGAUCUCAUCAAACACGUGUCUGUGGAGGUUCGCGCGGAAUGGCCCGAAUUCAAGCUGACUCUGACACGGCUGGGGCCUCCGUUAGCUGAGGCUGAAUGCAGCGGAGCGGAGACUCAGAAUGGAGCUGCCGCCUGUGCCAGCAUAUCCGACAGGGCUUUGGCUUAUGUGCUGCACACAUCUGGAACCACAGGCCCACCCAAAACAGUCAGGGUCCCGCACCAGUGUAUUAUCCCUAACAUACUGGAUCUGAGGUCUUUGUUUGAGAUGAGCGCGGACGACGUGGUGUUUCUCGCCUCCCCUUUAACCUUUGACCCCUCGGUGGUGGACAUAUUUCUGGCCUUGUCAUCCGGGGCCCAGCUUCUCAUGGUCCCCGCCAUAGUCAAGAAGAUCCCCGGCCGCCUUGCCCGGGUGCUGUUCACGGACCACAAAACCACCGUCCUGCAGGUCACGCCCAGUCUGCUGCUGAGCUUCGGCGAGCGGCUCCUGAAGCGGGCCGUGCUGUCGUCGGGCUCCCCCCUGCGCGUCCUGGCCCUGGGGGGGGAGGCCUGCCCGCUGCCGGCUCAGCUGAGCGGCUGGAGACAGGAGGGCAACAGAACCCGCGUCUACAACAUCUACGGCGUGACGGAGGUGUCCUGCUGGGCCUGCUGCUACAGAAUCCCCGACGCCCUGCUGCGGACCCCCAACCCGUACGCCUCCGGAAAGAAUGCCGCCACUAAACCUUGCCGACUUCUGCCUAGGACGGUGCCCUCCGUGCCCCUCGGAGCUCCUCUGAUGGACACGAAGCUGGAAGUGAGAGACGAGCAAGGCCGCGCGGUCUCGGAGGGGGAAGGCCAGCUGUUCAUAGGGGGAGAGGACAGGGUGUGUCUCCUGGACGGCGAGGAAAGCGUCUCCCCGGGGACCAUGAGGGCCACCGGGGACUGGGUGAGCCUCCAGGAGGGACGGCUGUACUACCGGGGCCGCAGAGACCGAGAGAUCAAACGCAACGGAAAGCGACUGAACCUGGACAGUUUACAGACGAUUCUUUUCGUCUCUUCGACCGAAAACCCCAUGAAACUGAUUCUGACCCUGCCUGAGGUGGAGGCCUGCGCUGUGACCCUCCACCAAGGCGCCCGGCUCCUGGCCUUUGUGGUGGCCUCCCCCGCCGGAGAGCAGACGGCGGCAGCGUCCGCCUCCCCGUCCGUUCGGCCGCCGGCGGGACGCAGCGGCCCCGCCCCCCCGGAGGGGCCCGGGCCGGCCACGGCGGACGGAGACGGCGUCCGGAGGAUGAUCCGGACGCAGCUGGCCCUGCUGCUGCCCUCCCACUGCGUGCCGGAUGCGCUGGUGCUGGUCCCCGCCCUCCCUCUGACCCCUCACGGCAAAGCGGACACGAGGGCACUGAUAAGAAUUUACCAAACACAGAGAGAGCGUUUGGAGGCGGCAAAAGGAGACCCCAGCAACGCGGAGCAGACUCUCAGGGGUUUGUGGCAGGUAUUCUCCACCUCCGACGACCAAUCUGGAAUGGUUUUCUGUGGAUCAGAGCUGAAGAAGCCUCUGACUGAGGCUCUUUUUGGGCAGGACGCAUUGGGCCUGGCGGCAGACGCAGCCUUCGAUGAGCACUCCAACUUCCUGCUCUGCGGGGGGGACUCUCUGAAGGCGCUGCGCCUCCGCGAAGACAUCCUCGCCGCCACGGCAGUGACCCCGCACGGGCUUUUGGAGGCCAUACUGGACGGGAGCUUCUCGGACGUCCUGCACCACCUGACGCGCACGCCUCGGGAUCAGAUGGUCGACCCGCCGGCGGGCGAGGGCAGAAAACGGGGCGCCGGUCCAUCCAACGCCAGCCCGUUGGCAAAGAGGGAGCACCGGGUGGAGAUGCGUGCCGUCACGGUGCUGAGGCGAGCGGGCCAGGUGACCGGGACGCACGCCGGCCGCCCGGAGCGGCCAGAGGGCUGCGGCAGCACAGAGGCCGGUCUGGGGCUCACUGUGAGCUGGUCCUCGGACACCGGCAGAUGCGUGGACGCGUCCCCGAUGAUCGUCAUACAGCACGGAGCAGAAGGGGGGCCCGACGGGGCCACCGCCACGGCGUUCAUCGGCUCCCACUCCCACAGGUUCCAGGCCUUAGACCUGCUCACGGGGACCAUCCGGUGGGAGCGGGUUCUGGGGGGAAGGAUCGAGGCCUCGGCUGCCGUGUCUCACUGCGGAACUCUGGUCGUCGUGGGUUGUUACGACGGAUGUGUGUAUUUCCUGUGCGUCGACUCCGGACAGACGCGCUGGGCCUUCUCGACGGGGGACGCGGUGAAGAGCAGUCCGGCCGUGGACCCGCUGACCGGCCUGGUGGUGGCCGGCUCACACGACGGCCACGUCUACGCCCUGGACCCGCAGGCUCGGCGCUGCGUCUGGAGGCGCCACUGCGGCGGCGGGGCGGUCUUCUCCUCCCCGUGCGUCCGGCCGGUGCAGCGGCGGCUGUACGCGGCCUCGCUGGGAGGACGCCUGCUGUGUCUCCACCUGGUGAGUGGGCGGCGGCCCGCCGGAGGGCCCCCUGUCUCUGAGCGCAGCCCCAAAUCUGAACGCAAGGCGGCGUCUCCCCGGCAGGAUAGCGGCGAAGAGCUGUGGUCGUACCGCCGAGGCGUGCCCUUCUUCUCCUCGCCGAGCUGCUCCGGAGGGGGCGUCGUGAUCGGCUCCGUGGAUGGAAACAUCUGCUGCGUCAGCGACACGGGGAAACUGCUGUGGCAGUUCUCCACGGAGGGGCCGGUCUUCUCGUCCCCCUGCCUGCUCCCGGGUCAGCAGAGGCUGCUGUGCGGCUCCCACGACGGCCGCCUGUACUGCCUGGACUGCUCGGACGGCUCCCUAAUUUGGACUUUCGCCACGACGGGAAAGGUGUACUCCUCCCCCUGCGCGUUGGACGGCUCGGCGCUGGGCAGGACGGGGGCUCUGGCCGGCCUGGCCUCCACCGACGGCACCGUCUGGAUCCUGGACGCGCGGGAUGGAAAACAGCUGGCCUCGCUGGCCCUGCCCGGGGAGCUGUUUUCAUCCCCAGUGAUCUGGGAGAGAUCCCUUGUCAUCGGCUGCCGCAACGAUUACGUGUAUUCUUUAAAUCUGACUGUGGGAUAG